AUGUCCAAGCUCACCCUUCUCUUAUUCACGUUGGCUCUCACCGUCGUUUCCUCCAAGCCUGAAAAUGAAAUCAUCCCCGAUAACCUUAACACUUUAUCUGCCGAAGAUACCAACAACCCAACCAUUCACGGAUCCGGGUCAUCAGGACCCGAAUUAACAUCUUCCGAUGAGAUCACUGUACCGGUCAAUUUCAUGAAUUUCCAUCCAAUCAAUCGUCACUUCCCUAGACGUCCCUUGACUUUCAACCGCCGUCCGUGCCACCACCGUCGACACGAGCUGUUCCGACGAGGCCUCCAGAUCCCUUACGGCAACGACAUGAUCUUCUCCGGUGAAGAUCCUUCGUUAGACGGCGUAGUCGUGGAUAUUCCGGCGGUCAAGAUGUUUGUCGGUCCCAUCGCGGUGGAGGAGACAAAACGCCAUCUCGAGGCGGAGGAUGAUGUUUCCAUGAAGAUUACGGUGACUUUGAUGAAGCGCAAAGAAGAAGGAGAAGGUGAAAGAGAGAAUUUGUUCAGGACAAAGAUUCGCAAGUUUCUUAACCAUUUGGUCUGA